GGACGCGCAGGCGCAGUCUCCAUGCUGCGUGUGGCUUCCCGAGCCGUGGUUCGCGCUGCUGUUCGCUGGGCGCGUCGCUCCGGGCCUUCCGUAGCGCGUCCUCUAGCCAUGUCCCGGCCUCCGCCACCCGACGCCACCUCGGGCGCCCCUCUCCGGCCCGCCACGGUUCUGGGCACCAUGGAGAUGGGACGCCGCAUGGAUGCGAGCGCCAGCGCCGCAACGGUACGCGCCUUCAUGGAGCGCGGCCACAGCGAACUGGACACGGCUUUCAUGUACUGCGACGGCCAGUCCGAGAGCAUCCUGGGCGGCCUGGGGCUUGGGCUGGGCAGCGGCGACUGCACAGUGAAAAUUGCCACCAAGGCCAACCCUUGGGAUGGGAAGUCACUGAAGCCUGACAGUGUCCGGUCCCAGCUAGAAACGUCACUGAAGCGGCUACAGUGUCCACGGGUGGACCUCUUCUACUUGCAUGCUCCUGACCACAGCACCCCUGUAGAAGAGACGCUUCGUGCCUGCCAGCAGCUGCAUCAGGAGGGCAAGUUUAUGGAGCUUGGCCUGUCCAACUAUGCCUCGUGGGAGGUGGCUGAGAUCUGCACACUCUGCAAGAGCAACAGCUGGAUCCUGCCAACCGUGUACCAGGGCAUGUACAACGCCACCACCCGGCAGGUGGAGAAGGAGCUCUUCCCCUGCCUCAGACACUUUGGAUUGCGAUUCUAUGCCUACAACCCUUUGGCUGGGGGCCUGCUGACUGGCAAAUACAAAUAUGAAGACAAAGAUGGGAAACAGCCUAUGGGCCGCUUCUUUGGGAAUAAUUGGGCUGAGACCUACAGGAACCGCUUCUGGAAGGAACACCACUUCGAGGCCAUUGCCCUGGUAGAAAAGGCCCUACAGACCACCUAUGGCGGCAGCGCCCCCAGCAUGACCUCGGCCGCCCUGCGCUGGAUGUACCACCACUCACAGCUCCAGGGUACCCGAGGGGACGCGGUCAUCCUGGGCAUGUCCAGCCUGGAGCAGCUGGAACAGAACUUGGCCGCCACUGAGGAAGGGCCCCUGGAGCCGGCUGUCGUGGAGGCCUUUGACCAAGCCUGGAACCUGGUUGCCCACGAGUGUCCCAACUACUUCAGAUAGACUGCCCUGGAUCACGCCGCCAAGAAAGGGCUUUCCAAUCCCCUCUUGGGUUCACACCCUACCAGUGUGAACCUCUUGCCCAUCUCCAGCCACACAGCCUUCUAGAUUACAGCCCUGCUCCCUGCCACCUUCACAGUGACAACUGGCUGGGCGCAGUCAGCAGUGCUUCCUGUCUGAAUAAAGCUGGCAUCCGGCCUGGCUGCAGGCAGGACUGAACCUCA